AUGAGUGUCCCACAAGGUGCUUCAUCAGUGUCCCACACUGUGCUUCAUCAGUGUCCCACAAAGUGCUUCAUCAGUGUUCCACACGGUGCUCCAUCAGUGUCCCACACUGUGCUUCAGUGUCCCACACUGUGCUCCAUCAGUGUCCCACAAGGUGCUUCAUCAGUGUUCCACACGGUGCUCCAUCAGUGUUCCACACGGUGUUCCAUCAGUGUCCCACAAGGUGCUUCAUCAGUGUUCCAUACGGUGCUCCAUCAGUGUUCCACACGGUGUUCCAUCAGUGUCCCACAAGGUGCUCCAUCAGUGUCCCACAAGGUGCUUCAUCAGUGUUCCAUACAGUGCUCCAUCAGUGUCCCACAAGGUGCUUCAUCAGUGUUCCACAAGGUGCUUCAUCAGUGUUCCACACGGUGUUCCAUCAGUGUCCCACUUUCCAUUUUUAUACUUGCCUUCCUUACUUGUUCACACUGA